GCCUCUCAGGUAGUGGAAAUAGACUGCAGGCCUUGGGGAGCGGUAUAUGGUCCAGGGGCGUGGUCGAGGACCUGGAGGCGGGGCAUGCUGCCCCAGGGGCGGGGCCGGCGGCCGCGCAGUCCUGAAGGUUUGGCGAGCUGAGUCCUUCUCCAGCCGCCGGGCAAAGGCAGGACCAUGGGCGUCCAGGAGCGGGAAGUGCGAAGGCGGCGGGGCUGAGCCCAGCUGGGACCUCCGGUCCGGCCAUGGGCGACCGCGAGCGCAACAAGAAGCGGCUGCUGGAGCUGCUGCAAGCCGCGGGCACCGGCAACACGCACUGCGCCGACUGCGGGGCUGCGGAUCCUGAUUGGGCCUCUUACAAGCUGGGGAUUUUCAUCUGUCUCCACUGCUCUGGUGUGCACCGCAACUUCCCAGAUGUCAGCAAAGUUAAAUCCGUGAGACUGGACUUCUGGGACGACAGUAUGGUGGAGUUCAUGACCAGCAAUGGGAAUCUCAACGUGAAAGCCAAGUUUGAAGCAAGAGUCCCAGCUUUCUACUAUGUCCCUCAGGCCAGCGACUGCCUGGUCUUAAAGGAGCAAUGGAUUCGAGCCAAGUAUGAAAGACAGGAGUUUAUGGCUCAUGAGAAAGCUGUCUCGCCCCCAGGUGACCGAGAAGUGUUCCUGUGGAAGCGGGGACGCGACAACGCACAGUUCCUGAGAAGGAGGUUUGUCCUUCUGGCGAGAGAGGGCCUCCUGAAGUAUUACACCAAAGAGGAGGGUAAAGCCCCAAAGGCUGUCAUCAACAUCAAAGACUUGAAUGCCACCUUCCAGACGGAGAAGAUAGGCCAUCCCCAUGGGCUACAGAUCACCUACAGGAGAGAGGGCCGCAUCAGGAACCUCUUUGUGUAUCAUGACAGUGGGAAGGAGAUAGUGGAUUGGUUCAAUGCACUCCGUGCAGCCCGCCUGCAAUACCUAAAAUUGGCCUUUCCUGAUCUCCCAGAGUCUGAGCUCCUGCCGCUCAUCACCAGGAACUACCUCAAACAAGGCUUCAUGGAGAAGACUGGUCCAAAGCAGAGAGAACCCUUCAAGAAAAGAUGGUUUGCCCUGGACGCCCUGGAGCGGAGGUUGCUAUAUUAUAAGAACCCCCUGGAUGCUUUUGAGCAGGGCCAGGUUUUUCUGGGAAGUCAUGAGCAGGGAUAUGAGGUGUGUGAGGACUUGCCCAAGGGUAUCCGAGGGAACCGCUGGAAGGCUGGACUCACUGUCACCACUCCAGAGCGGAAGUUCAUCUUCACCUGCUCCAGUGAGAAGGAACAGCGGGAAUGGCUGGAUUGUCUGCGGGAUGUCCUGUCCAGUCCCCUGUCACCCAUCAACCUCCUCAGUGAGAAGUGGUGGGGGUGGGCUUGGUGGUUCUUUUGGGUGAGGACAGAAAAUGGUUCUUUGCGGUCCCAGAAGGGCCUGACUCAGCGUUCUGAGCUGCCCUUACUUCCUGUCAGAAAAAAAGCACACACAUUGCACGUUAUUGCCAGAAAGUUCUCUCUGCACAAGUUCCUCUGCAGCUGUCCUCACAAGCUUCGGGAGGAGUCCGGUCUGGCAGCACUAUGCCUACCCAGCCGCUCAGAUUCCCUACACCCUUGGCCUUUUUCUCCUAAGAUGAUGCUGGCCUGGUGUCCGCCCUUAGCGGGAGUUCACCCUGCCAGGCUCCUCCUAGGACUCUGGAAUCCUCCCCAUCCCGAGGCAGGGCAGCACUAGCAUGAGCACCUUCCCCAGCCCUCUGGUCUCCCUUACAGCUGCAUCAGCAGAGAGUGGCUGUGGCCUCAGGUGACCGGUCUCCGAAGAGCUGGCUGGCCACUGCGCACCUGAAAUCCUGGAGAAGUGUUCACCUCUUCCCUGGUUGUCCAGAAGGAAGCCCCGAGGCCAGCAGCUGCCCCUGUCAGUGAACUCUGUCAAGACCAAGGAUGUGGUUUAUCUUCCUAUCUUCCGGCUCCCAGGAUCCUUCCAGCAAACAUCUCCCAGGCGUGGGGAGCUGGUACCAGGAUAAAUUUAGCUCUCCAAGCUGAGAAAUCUUGAAGAGAGACAGGUGCAGUGAUGCCUGCCUGUCAAGAGGCAGGAGUGUCCUGAGUUCAGUGCCAGCCUAGACCAUACAGGGAGUUCAAGUCCAGC